AUUCACCUUUUGAUACUAACCACAGCCCUACGAGUUCCUGAACUACAAUGACGAAGGGAACUUCCAGCUUUGGCAAGCGCCACAACAAGACGCACACCUUGUGCAGGCGUUGCGGUCGUCGCUCCCUUCACAUCCAAAAGCACACCUGUUCCUCAUGUGGAUAUCCUGCUGCUAAGGUCCGCAAGUUCAACUGGGGCGAGAAGGCCAAGCGAAGGAAGACCACCGGUACCGGCCGCAUGCGAUACCUCAAGCACGUCUCUCGCCGAUUCGCCAACGGUUUCCGAACGGGCGCACCACCAGGGGCUAGGGGUCCAUCUACUGCGUAAGCGACGCUGAGUUGAGAUGAGUGGAGCUCGCUUGGUGUGGAUGAUGUAGCCAUGGAAGUCAAAACAGCAGAAGCAUGAUGGGGAGAAGGUGAUUUUCACAAGCAAAUGGUAUUGCUCGGGGCGUUACUUUGCUCUCUCUCCCGGUUAGCUUUCCAUCCAGAUGGGGCGGGUCAGGCUUUUGCGGCAUAAAUUAAGGAAAAUUUCAUCAUGCUCUGUCAAGAAUGAAGACAUGGAACUUCAAUAAUUG